AUUAAUUUUGACUUCAAUAUUUCCUUACACUACUGCAUUUUACAUUUUAUAAUUAACUUACAUUUUAUAUUUAUUUCAGUACACAUUAUGGAUCGGAAUAUUUAUUGUAUUCUUUGCCGUCAGCGUCACAAAUCACAAGGAAGGAGAAAAGUGAACGAAAUAACGAAUAAGACUCUGCAGAAAUAUUUCUGUGUCUAUGAUAUAUCUGAAUCCUCAGUUAUAUGCAACAAAUGCUCACACAUCUGUUACAAAAAACGGAGUGAAACUACAAAGACUGAUAAACAGUGUGAUGAAGAUGAGUAUCAACCGCCUCCUAAAGUAAUGAGAUCUCUACCAGACAGGAGUCCGCCAUCGGUCAGGUUAGCUAUUCCAAGCACAAGCACAGGCCACUCAUACUGUUUCGUUUGCAAAAGACCUGGGCCAAAAUUGCAGGUAGCCUCUACUUACACCCGCUUCAGGGCAUACAUUCAAGGAGAGAUAUUUAUUCCCCCCGGGUCUCGGUGCUGCCCUGUUCAUCUUGCAAACGACCAACUCUCCAUUGAAGCUAUGGAAAAAAUCAAAACAUUAAGAAAAUCAAGUUGCUUAAAUAGAUCUUCAGUUCUGGAGCUGUUACAACAGGCGAGAGAAGAAGUUUUGAGAAAAGAGGGUUCAAGACUGGACUUUGAUGAUCCGUCUAGUCUAACUGACACCGACUACUACAAUCUGACCGGACUUAGCAGGGAACAAUUUGACGACUUGAUGGGCAGCGUGCAUAACAUACGGACAACACAGUCUAGGUCCAUCCGCACAUGCAUUGCAAUUCUCUUGAUGAAGCUGAGAUCGGGCUUGGACAAUCAGAUGCUAGCAACGCUAUUCAAUAUGACUAAAUACCAGAUACGAAGAGCUGUGCAUUCCGCUAGACGAGCGUUAGUGAAGGACUUUGUUCCCCAAAAUCUUGGAUUUGCACACAUCACAAGAAACGAUAUCAUUAACAAUCACACAAGACCACUUGCCCAACAGAUGUUCUCUACUAUAGGAUCAACACCUGCUAUAUUAGUCCUUGACGGCACGUAUAUUUAUAUACAGAAAAGUGGGAACUAUACUUUCAGCAGGAGAUCAUACAGCAUGCACAAGCAUCGACCGCUUUUGAAGCCCAUGAUUAUUGUUUCGACAACAGGGUUCAUCGUUUCAGUCUUAGGGCCCUAUCUUGCAGAUCCAAAAAAUAAUGACGCCUCAAUUUUAAACCACUCUGUGAAAUCAAAUACCGAAGAAAUAAAAUCUUGGAUAAGAGAGGAUGAUGUUUUUGUCGUGGACAGGGGGUUCAGAGACUCUGAGGACAUGCUGACAGAUUUGGGAAUAAAGGUCGAAAUGCCGGCUUUUCUUCAAAAAGGAAAGAAACAACUAACUACGGAGGAGGCAAACUGUUCUCGACUGGUGACAAAGGUAAGGUGGGUGGUGGAGUCUGUCAAUGGAAGAAUUAAAACCUGGAAAUAUCUCGGGAAGACUUUACCAAACACUCAAAUCCCAUAUAUCGGGGACUACCUACGCAUUGUUUGCAGUAUUUGCAACAAGUACCGCCCUCCUAUUAAUACAGGUGUUUUCGAAGAGGACCUUAUUAUAGCCUCGAAGAUGACCGCAUUGGCUAAGCAAUCAAAUGAACUUCAGUCGUUUGUGCAAGAAAAUGGUCUGGAUAAGCGGUCUAUGAAGUGGCAGAAGUUAGAUGCAGAAGAAACAAAUACAUGUAUUGCAUUUCCUAAACUCACGGAAGAUGAAAUCAGAGAGCUAACGAUUGGUGUAUAUCAGCUGAGAACAGCAAAAUCUUACUCCUCUGAACAUUUCACUGAUGAUGGGUUGUUUGAGGUUCUGGUCAGUAAUGAAAUUCCAAACAUCAUCAGUGCUAGAAUCCAAAGCCGCCACAUUAGUUCUAGAAAGUACACUCUUUGGGUAAAGUAUGACACUACAAUCCUCUCAUGGUAUUGCACUUGUAAAAAUGGCGCCCGUGUAGUUGGCAUGUGUGGGCAUAUUGCGUGUGUUAUUUGGUAUCUAUCGUAUGCCAGGCAUCAGGAAGAACAAGUCCGUGACUUUGGAGUUCGGGACUGGACGGAAUCUGUAGAGGAUGCUGCGAGAAUUGUUGACUUUUCCGACAGUGAAGAUGAGGUUUCAGUGGAGGAUGAAGAAGAGUAAACUAUAAUCACUGCAUCUUAUUUGAUUUAUUUUACAAAUAUUAAAAACUUCAGAUGUUAAAGGAGCCCAGACACAUUUACAAUAUUUACAAUUAUCAUUCCUAUCUUAAUAAAAAAAAAACAGUUUUAUGAAUCGAACUUACUUAAAUGUUCUUAAAAUUCAAUGUCUGACAAAAACAUCUCUUCUUAAUAAUAUCGUGUCAGAAAUCUGUGUUUGUAAACUGGGCACGAGCUCUGAUAUUGUUAAUGUUUACAUUUUACCUUUAUUGAUUAUGUACUUUAAGUAUGUUGUUGGCAGUUGAAUUUUUCUGAAAUAAUUGUUUUUAUUGAGGGUCAUGUAGUUGUUAUAUUGAAAUAGUAUUGGUUUUUGAAAACAAAUCUACCUCCUUCUGAAGUAUGUUCUGGUAUUUUUUUGUGAAUUGGUUACCAUGGAAACCAUGCCAUUUAUAAUGAAAACAAAACUAAGAAUGUGUACUUAGAAGAAAAUGUAUCCCUUUAUUCAUACUUUAGAACAAAAUUUUGCAGUGUAUUAUUUACGGUACCAACAAAUGUACAAUAAUUAUUAUAUAUUGUAUCAGAAGAAACUUUAAAAAGUUUCAAGAAAAGUGAAAAUGAUGCACAGAUGACCCCAUUUUUGAUGACUUGCUGUGCAUUAUAGACUGCAGGUCCAAAUUUAAUUUUAUUAUUUUUUUAUUUUACAUAUACUUAGGUAUGUUUAGGCCAGUUAUUAGAGAUUUUGCACAUUGGGCGGAAUUUGACACAUACCAUACUUUC